AUGAGCGAAAAUUCUUUAAUUAACAAUAUUUCAGAAGAAAUUAAAGAUAAUAACUCAUCAUCACAAGAAAAUAAUAUUAAUGAAAUUUCUAAAUUUAUUAAAUUAAUAAAUGAAUUAAAAUUAAAAAUUAAAGAAGUAAAAGAACAACUUUCUUCUAUUACAUCAAGAGUAAAAAAUCAUGAAAUAAAAACGAAUCAAGGAAUAUCAUUACUUGAAAUAAAAUAUCAUACAUUAUUAGAAUAUAUUACAUCUUUAACUUUUAUAAUUUAUAUGAAAUUAAAUGGUCAAUCAAUACAAAAUCAUCCAGUUGUUGAAAAUUUAAUUGAAUUAAGGGUUGUUCUGGAAAAAUUAAAACCUUUAGAACAAAAAUUAAAAUAUCAAAUUGAUAAAUUAAUUAGAGCUACUAUUAUUAAUGAUGAUGAUGAUGUUAAAUUAUCAAGUACUAGUGGAAACAGUUUGGCAUUAUCGAAUCCUCUGUCCUUCAAGCCUAAUCCACAAGACCUUGUAUCUAAAACUGAAGACUCAAAUGAUGCUGCUGAUGUUAACAAUAAUGGAAUUUAUAAAGCACCAAAAUUGGCUCCCGUUCAUUUCGAGGAAGAUACUGGUGCCAAAUUCAAACGAGAAAAAGAAGAAUUAAGAUUAUUGUCAAGAGCAUCAAAAUCUCGAUUAAUCAAAGAUUUAAUAGAUGAAUACGAUGAUCGUCCUGAAGAAUCAACUUUAGUAGGUUCUUCUCAAAAGGAUGAUAAUACUGAAUUAGAAGAGAGAUUACGUUAUGAAGAAGAAAAUUUUAUUAGAUUAAGUCUUUCUAAAAAAGAAUUAAAGAGAUUAAAAAAGAAUACAACAUUUGAGGAUGAAUUUGAAAAUUUGAAUGAUUUUAAUGAUGUCGCAAUUUUACACAAAGAUGUCGAAGCUUCGGAGAAAGAACGUACAAAUGUCCUUAAUAAACGUAACUUAAGACGUGAAUCAUUUCGUCGUCAAGAUAUUUCUGAUGAUAAUGAUGAUGAUGUCGAAGUAUUAUCAUCUAAGCGCAAUGGAAAAAAGAAAGAACUAUUUGACGGAUUAAUAUCUGAUCCAUCACAAUUUAGAAAGCGAAAUAAUAAGUUUCAAACGGCAAAAAAGAAUUUUAAAAGACAAAAGCGUAAAUGA